CGUUUGAAUAUUUAGAAUCUUAAAAAGUUAUUGCAUGUUUUCUAUAUAAAGGAAGGUUAACAAAUACCUGUUAUCAUUUGACAAACUAUUAUUCAUCGAAGACAACUUAGUGGAACGAAUUUUAUAGAAUGUCUCGGCUUUUCAUUGUAGCUUUUAUUUUGUCGUUGUUGACUGCUGGCGCUUUUGGAAAAAUUGAACAGCUACUGCAACUCAUUGCCAGUGGAUUUGGUGGAGGGUCUAACUUCGGUUUAAAUGCUAAUCUCCCAAGAUCUGGGUUUGGAAUAAGAACACCAAGUAGCGAAUUUUCUAUCGGAUAUGGGCUUGGUCGUUAAAUCGUCGGACUUGUAAGUCUAGCCGUCAGCAUUAUGUUCAGGGCUGUGAGUCUGAUCAUUAAAAUGGAGUUGAUUUUCGUAUUGGAAAUGAAAAAUUAUUACUAAAUUUAAUGAUCUUGAAGCGGUUAAAUAUAAAUAAUAUAUAUUGUCCUUAGAGGAAAUUUAAGAACCUAAAGAACCGAUUACGUUUCAAGGCUGGAAAAUACUUUAAAUUUUUAAUGUGUUUUAAGGAUCUGAAUGUGACUUGUAAAUUUGACUCUUAAAAUUAAAGAUUCUCGUUUGUGGCCAUUUUCAUUUUUGGCCUCCGAAACCGCCAGCACGCGCUAGACCUCUUCCCAUA